CAGCUCGCUCCAGAUGGCCAGCUGGGAAUUGGAGAAGCUUGGGCUGCGAGAUGACGUAGAUCUGCACGUCUACGAAGUCCCAGUUGAAUACCAGACGGUGCAAAGACUAAUUCCUGCGUUAUGGAAAAAGCACAGUCCACAACUGGUGGUCCAUGUGGGUGUCUCGGGCAUGGCCACCACCGUAACUCUGGAGAAGUGCGGCCAUAACGUAGGCUACAAAGGCUUGGACAACUGCCGCUUCUGCCCGGGCUCUCAGUGCUGCGUGGAAGGUGGCCCGGAAUGCAUCGAUUCCAUCAUUGACAUGGACACGGUUUGCAAGAGAGUCUCAGCACUGGGGCUGGACGUCACGGUCACUAUAUCUAAGGAUGCUGGCAGGUACCUCUGUGACUUCACUUACUACACUUCCUUGUACCAGAGCCGUGGGAGGUCAGCUUUUGUUCAUGUGCCUCCACUGGGAAAACCAUAUACCGCAGAACAGCUGGGUCGGGCCCUCCAGGCUAUCAUAGAAGAAAUGCUUGAUGUUUUGGAGCAUUCGGAAGACAAAAUCAAUUGUCAGCAUGAACACUGAAAGGGGGCAGAAGCUCUCCUAGUAUUGCACUUCCAAAACUUCCCCUGCUACAGACGUACGGGGGAAAACGGUCUGAAACGUACAGAACGAGAAUUGGAGACCUCAAAAAAUGAAAAUUCCACCUCUAGAAAUUGACGUUUUUUGUCAAAUGUGCGCAUUUCAGCCUAGGCAACGAAGGAUUCGAGAUCUCUUCUUUAAAACACCUGCGACUACUCAUUCCUGAAGUGUGCGCGCGCUGUGCUUUAUCCAGAGCUUGUCUGUUGGUCAGGUGACAGCUACUGACCAGUCUAAUGCCGAGCAGAGGAAAAGUUUCUCACCUGGACUCGGCGUUCAGGUGCAGGGAAUUGAUAACUCCGUCUUCUAAUGACUAGUUCUUAAGUCGAAAGCUUUGCUUUCAUUUUGUCUUGUUUUUUCCCCUCUUUGGCCCAAAUUAUAGGUUCUGAUGUGAGAGUAUAACUGAGGAUAGUUGGAGUGGUGCGGGUUUGCCUGUUGUAAAACAGUUUCUUGGAGCUGAGGAGUCUUCAAAAUUGCUUUUGAAAUGGAAAACAUAUUUUAGUCGCUGAUCUCUCGCCCCGCUUCUCUGAGUAUUAGUCGGGUCCUCGUUAAUGUGCUGGUUAACUGGUAGCUGCAGAAGGAAGGGCUGUGGUUCGGGCUCCUUUUGUUGCAGGAGAUAGCUGUUUUAUAUACAGUGUGACCCUCCCGUGCGCCAGAUAUUUCCAAAUGUCUUUUUUAUUAGGCUCUCGAUGCCACCUUCCUCAGUCAAAUCAACCAUAUACCUCCUGUACAAAACACAUUGUUUCAUAUGUGUAUAAAACAAAUCAUUAGCGGUUAAAUAGCUUUGCUAAAGGCCACUUUCUCCACAGGAGAUCUUUAUCGUAGACUCUUGGUGCUAGCUGUUAUUUUUAAGGUGAAGGCUGACUAAUUUAUAACUUCCUUAGCUACGAACUUUCGUUCUCGUUAAAAGGUUAGGUGAAGAGUAAUGUUUAACUUAAAUCCUAAGUUGCCACCUUGAUUUAUUAUAGGCAUAAAUAUGCUAACGUGUGGAUUCAGAGACAUUCUGCCAAAUGAGAUCUUCUAAAAUCCUAAACCUCCUCCCACUGUCUGGGAACCAGAGGCAGUUUUUUGAGAACCAGGAACCAGAACCUAGGGUGAGUGUUCCCGGCUGUUUGUUAGUGCCCCCCUCCCAAUGGGAGGGUACGAAGCCCUGCUUCUGCUGGGGGCUUUCCCAGUAAUUCACUUGGGAAAGCGUACGUGCAGGUUCUGAGCAGGACUUUAAAAGUUCCUGAUGCCAGUCUUGUAGGUUUGGUUCCAAAUUACAAGACUCCAGUGACAGACAGGUGACGUUAAAUGGGAACAGACCCCAGACUGGUAACCGAUGGCCAGUAGGGCUUAUUCAGGAGCUGUUUAAAUGAAGAGGUCUGUGAUUUGAUUCUAAUACUAUUACAAAUAUAUAUAUAUAUAUAUAUAAAGCAGCUUUUUGAAAUGUUGUAGAAUAUCCUUAUUUUAAUUUUUCUAAUUAUGAAUGAUUCUGCUAUAGUAUCUCUCAGUGAGAGCUGCCACUAACGUGCUGUUUUCCAGUAGAAGUCUGGUGACAGAGGAAAUGCCACUUCUCCUCCUAAGCCUUGCGCAAGGAUGAAGACUUCUGCAGUUGUAGUAACUUUGCCGAGGGGAUCUGGGUAUGAAGAUGUUUGGUUUACCGAGGAAAUUCCCUCUGUACUUAGUGUACGGGCUUUCCUGAUCAAAAGAAUUUGCCUUCAAAGUAAAUGUUCUCUUUUGCAUUCGAAUACGAAGUAGCACUUGUCAGAUCGUCGGCAGGCAGGCAGGCUUUCUGAUUAGUAAUUUAUUAUAUUUAAUAUUUGGUUUAAAUAUUCGUGACUUGACACGUUUUUGCAACUAGUUGAGCUCCUUAUCUCCUUGUAGAUUUCUUCCUUUAUCUGGUAGGAAGUUCUUUGUCUUCGGUGUAUCCUAGCUGCUAAACUUUUUAAAGAGAUUUGUGUAUCCGGCUAAGUUCAGCGAUUGAUUUAAGUAAUUUUCAGUGUUGCUAUUUAAUUUACGUGUGACGUAGUCGCGGAUGGAAGGGGAGGGGGGAGACCGACGGUAGGGUGAGGCGGUGGGAGAUGCCCACGGGGUCGAAGUGGAUGUAGGACCCACAGGGCUCGCGUGUCGAGGCAGGAGGGAUGAUGCAGAUCCCUGCCCGGCCUCGUGCUCUGUCCGCGAGCAGACGUCCCCUGUGUUUCAGCAGGUAUCUGCUGCACGUUCAGGCUGCUUUUGGGCGUACAUGUGAGCAGCCUGGGACAUCCCUGAUGGUAGCGCGGCGCAGUUCACCCAGGGAUGCUUUGUGCUGGGUUUGAGGAAGCUCCAAAAUCCACCAGCGGGGAAGGCGGCGGCUGCUUUUGGGGAUGUGGCUCUCCAAAUUAGCUUAAUCAGCCCUUGGAGUAUUUCCUGCUCAGUGUCUGUCCUCUUCCCAGAAGCGUGUCUGGGGUCCUCUCGGGGGGAAAACCUUGAGCUGGCUUCUGCGACUUGUGUUUGUCCAAGGCCUGCGGUAGCUGACCUGCUCCGUGUCACUGUGGAAAUCUCCUUUUCAGAAAUACUUCGAGCAUUCCGUGCAGCCGUGCGAUUCCUCACAACCCGUUUUCGUGAAGCUCCCCCGUGAUCAGGAUCUUAGAAAGCAUAAUUUAUUUUAUCAUCUUCCGGCUUUUUGAGAAGUAGUCCUCAGAGAUCGUGUUAGAAAAAGGGUGUCUUGGUGGUAGAGAAAUUUUGUAUAGUGAAACUUUUUAAAAUGCCAUUAAGCUAAUUUUAUUUAAUCUGACCUAAAUUAAAUAUUUUUGUUGUUUGGUUUUUGUUUUUUUUUUUUGAAAGCUUUUUGUUAAAUCCUUUAAUUCUCGCCGCUUUUCACGUAGGUGCGGGUUUUCUUUGGAAGCAUCACCAAAAUGACGCAGAGCUUCGAAGAGCUGGCGCUUUGUGUGAUGCUCACUGUCUGCUUUCUCUUCCAGAUCAUCAAUAAAUAGGAUUUGCUAAUUUGCACUGACUGGGAGACCUGCUGCCGACUACAAAAGCGUUUGUGCUAGUGAGUAAGCGUAGGAAGUUCAGGUUUAGCGUUAAUUACAGUGCCUGCAAUUUAUAACGUGUGAAAGCUGAUAAAGUUGUAGGGUCCUGUGACUGCAGAAUUGUCUCCGGUGAUGCACGUCACCGAGGAACGGGGGUGAGAAUAUUUUGUGUGUGAGAGAGAAUUGGGGAGGUUCCAAUGUAUCGGGUCUGAUGUCAUUUUAUCUACUUGCCAGCAGCGUGGAGUAGGAAUUGGCUCGUGUGUUGGAGAGGUUUGGUGAUGACAAUUUAAUUGUUUCAGUUCUUAAAUGCUGUGGAGGACUUUGAGGAGCUCCAGGUACCCGGAUACUCCUUUGUCGUUUGGUGACUGUGAUGUCAGGAGAUUCCUCCUUUGAUUUAAACGCGGUAAUCUAUGAGACACAGCAAAACCAG